AUGGAGACACGACGAUGCAACCGCUUCCGAGGACUCGGGCUCCUGGUGCUGUUUCUGGCAUUGGUAACGCCCUGCUGGCCCCUUGCCCUCACCACCUUCGGCAAGUCUAAUCCCCAGAACAAUAACAACCAGAACAAUGAGAACAAGCAACCUGGUGAACGUAUCCAAGCUCGUGAAUGUGCAUCGGACUCGGAGUGCGCCGGGAUUAAGGAUGCAUCAUGCUUGGAGAGUAUAUUUACGAAGGAUAAGAAGUUGCGAUGCUUAUGCGGUGAUUACAGGGAACCCCGAAAUGGACUUUGCGAUAACCAAUAUAAAGGUGUCAAAGUACUAUGCAACAGCAAUGACGAGUGUACCACAGGAGCCCAGUGUAUGGUAGGAAAUGACACGAGUCUGAUGGGCAAACGAUGCUGGUGUAUGCAAGGUUACGACGUCGACGAGGACAUGCAGUGUAGCGGUAGUUCAGUAGCUGUUGGACUCUCCGCCCUAUCAUUGGUUGCAAGUCUAUUAGUCGCGGCAAACGUUUGAUAAAGCGAUAAAGAAGAUAACUAUUUUAUAAAAAAAAAAAAAAAAAAAAAAAAAAAAAUUU